GACACACUUGAGGAAGAUACAAACUAGAGCUGAGUGAGAGGCUCUGUUCAUCAGCCAGACAGAACACACUGCAGAUUUCACUUUCUGGCAGCCUGUAGGUCAACAGUCGCUUAGGAUGACGCACCAGUUCCCUUCACUCUCCGAGGCGCAGAAGAGAGAGCUGCACGACACUGCUCUACGCAUAGUUUCAAAAGGAAAGGGCAUCUUGGCUGCAGAUGAGUCUGUGGGCAGCAUGGCCAAAAGGCUGGCGCAGGUGGGUGUGGAGAACACAGAGGAGAACCGCAGACAGUACCGGCAGAUCCUCUUCAGUGCAGACGAUCGCAUUAACUGCUGCAUCGGUGGGGUCAUCUUCUUCCAUGAGACACUGUACCAGCACUCUGAUAAUGGCGUGCCCUUUGUCAAAAUGAUCAGAGACAGAGGGAUCCUGGUCGGAAUCAAGGUUGACAAAGGUGUUGUGCCCCUCCCCGGAACCCAUGGAGAAACCACUACGCAGGGUCUGGAUGGUUUGUCAGAGCGCUGUAUGCAGUAUAAGAAGGAUGGUGCCGCCUUUGCAAAGUGGCGCUGUGUUCUCAAAAUCAGUGACACCAAUCCAUCUAAUCUGGCUAUUUCAGACAACGCUAACGUUCUCGCCCGCUACUCUAGUAUCUGCCAGCAGCAUGGCAUUGUGCCCAUUAUCGAGCCGGAGGUUUUGUCUGAUGGAGAUCAUGACCUAAAACGCUGCCAGUAUGUCACUGAGAAGGUUCUCGCAGCAGUGUACAAAGCCAUGUCAGACCACCACGUGUACCUGGAAGGCACGCUCCUCAAACCCAACAUGGUCACUCCUGGACACAGCUGUCCCACCAAAUAUAGCCCGGAAGAGGUUGCUAUGGCAACUGUCUCUGCCUUGCGUCGCACCGUUCCUCCUGCCGUCCCUGGAGUGGCUUUCCUCUCUGGGGGCCAAAGUGAAGAGGAGGCGUCUGUCCACCUCAAUGCCAUCAACAACUGUCCUCUGGCCAAACCCUGGAUCAUGACAUUCUCGUUUGGCCGAGCCCUGCAGGCCUCUGCACUCAGAGCCUGGAGAGGACAUAAAGAGAACGAGAAGACUGCCACUGAGCACUUCAUCAAGAGAGCAGAGGUGAACAAUCUGGCGUGCCAAGGGAAGUACACUGGUGGUGACAACUAUGGCGAGUCCGGCCAGCGCGUGUACGGAUCCUGUCACGCAUACUGAAUAUUAGAGAAGAGUAGCAGAGAACAAUCUGCAUUGUUCUCUUCAGCGUCCAUAACAACACCUAAUAGAAAGAACCUGUAAUUUAGCAAAUAGAUUAUUUCAGAAUAUUUGCACUCAAAAUGAUCCUUGUGAACUAGUCAUUAAGCACAAUUACAGGACCGCGUGCUUUCUUUGCUUUGACAGUUGAGGACAAUCAGAACAUGGCCUUGAGAAUUUCUGACGCAAGCACUGAACUGAAGAUGUUGCUUUAUCCUUGUUAUGGAUGUCCAGUAAAGUCUUGUGGCCUAAAUAAAGCAUUUACAGCAUGCAUUCACCAUUUAAUAAUACUGAUUAUUAUUAUUAACCUGUGUGCUCUCAGUCAAUUCCAUUUGAGCUGCAGAGCAAUGACACAACUUGCAUCACAACGUAAGUAAUUAAACAUUGUGAAAACAAACAUCUGAUUUCCCCAUAUUGAGUUAUUGCAGUUUCUCUUAUUAGAUUCUCGUUAUUGGUGUAGUUUAGUCUAUUUAGCAAUAAUUUUGCAUAAAUAUGGGAGUAUUAACUCCAAACAGUUACUGUUUAGAAGUAGCACAUACACUGUGCUACAGCAUUAUAUUAUGUGUGUUAGCAAUCGUGAGAGUAUUUGCUGUUUAAAAGUAUGAGUAACUGUUCAACUGUAAACGUUUAAGCAAUAAACUCUGGUAAUAUCUGUC